ACGCCGGGAUAGGUGGGCGGGGCGAGCGGGAGCCGCUCUCUAUUGGCUGCAGGCGGCUCCCGGCGGGCACUGCGGCUGGAGCGCGGGAGCGGACGGCGGGAUGGGAAUCCAUGGCCUGGCCAAGCUCAUUGCCGACGUGGCUCCCGGGGCCAUCCGGGAGAAUGACAUCAAGUCUUAUUUCGGCCGCAAGGUCGCCAUCGACGCCUCCAUGAGCAUCUACCAGUUCCUGAUCGCCGUGCGGCAGGGAGCCGAGGUGCUGCAGAACGAGGAGGGCGAGACCACCAGCCACCUGAUGGGCAUGUUCUACCGCACCAUCCGCAUGGUGGAGAGCGGCAUCAAACCCGUUUACGUCUUCGACGGCAAACCCCCCCAGCUGAAAUCGGGGGAGCUGGCGAAGCGAACGGAGCGGCGGGCUGAGGCCGAGAAACACCUGCAGGAGGCUCAGGAGGCCGGAGAGGAGAACAACAUCGAGAAGUACAGCAAGAGGCUGGUCAAGGUGACCCAGCAACACAAUGACGAGUGCAAGAAGCUGCUGACGCUGAUGGGGAUCCCCUACCUGGAGGCGCCAGGGGAGGCAGAAGCCAGUUGCGCUGCCCUGGUGAAGGCCGGGAAGGUUUACGCGGCUGCCACGGAAGACAUGGACUGUCUGACCUUCGGCAGCCCCGUCCUGAUGCGGCACCUCACGGCCAGCGAGACCAAGAAGCUGCCCAUCCAGGAGUUCCACCUGAACCGGAUCCUGCAGGACUUGGGCCUGACCUGGGAGCAGUUUGUGGAUCUGUGCAUCCUCCUGGGCUGCGACUACUGCGAGAGCAUCCGCGGCAUCGGGCCCAAGCGCGCCGUGGAGCUCAUCAAGGAGCACAAAACCAUCGAGAAGAUCGUCCAGCAGAUCGACACCAAGAAAUACCCUCUGCCCGAGAACUGGCUGCACAAAGAGGCCCAGAAGCUCUUUCUGGAGCCCGACGUGGUUGACCCCGACGCCGUGGAGCUGAAGUGGACGGAGCCCAACGAAGAGGAGCUCGUCCGGUUCAUGUGCGGGGAAAAACAGUUCAACGAAGAGCGGAUCCGCAACGGGGUGAAGCGGCUGAGCAAGAGCCGGCAGGGCAGCACGCAGGGCCGGCUCGACGACUUCUUCAAGGUGACGGGCUCCAUCACCUCGGCCAAGCGCAAGGAGCCCGAGACCAAGGGCUCGGCCAAGAAGAAAGCCAAGACCAACAAUGCCACGGCCACCAAGGCCAAAAAGGGAAAAUAACCCGACCGGGUGAGCGCAAACCACCGCGCGGGGGGUUUAUGCUUAACCGGGAAUUUUUAGGCUGAUAACAAACAUUUUUUCUGUCCCGCAUGUUAGCGCUAGGCAGGAUGGUGCUCGAGUGCUUCGCCACAAGGUUAGUGACUCUGAGAAGCCUCUUCUCACGCAGCAAGGGGAGAAAUGAGCUGAAACAAGGGCGGUUUGGGGGUUUUGGGGAGCAGGGAACUGGGGAGCGGCAUUCAGCAGUUCCAAACUUUGGCCACAGGGAGCAGAGGAUACCCGGCAGUUAAAGAGAGACGCUGAUCGCAACCACGGUCUCUGAUAUAUUACCAGAAAAUCAAAUUUGAACAGCUCGAGAGCGCAGCAGGAGCUGGUAAUAAAGAGAUUUUUCUGCCUGACGCACUCCACCCAAAAGGAAACGGGUACGAGGAGAAACUGGGGCGAUGCGCGCAGGAGUUGGGGAGGAGAUGUGAAAUAAUGAGGUAAACGCCUCCCUUUAACAAGGUUCAGGUCUGGGUUCUGCCCUCCCUUAGUGUACUUGCUUCUCUUUGUGCCAAAAAGAAAAUCAAUUAAUUUUAAUCCCAAUUCCAGCAAAAUUUUGCCCCCUGUUAGUGCAUAAGCUGAGAACAGCUGGGCUGAGCUUAGAGCCCUCAGAGCCUGAUUUUGCUGCUGGGUUCUGGUUUAUGGUUAAAAAUGAAACCUCAGACAGAAACCCAUUCCCUCUCUGACGUUGUGAUCCACCCUCUUGUCACACACCCCAGACAGGGCCCGGGCUGAGGAAAGAAUGACACUGUCCCCUUUUUUCCUUAGUUUAUUUUAUUGUGUAUCUUGCAUAGUCUUUUCCUCUUGUCAAAGCGAUGUGCUUGGUUUUGUUUUCAGAAUAAAGUUUAUACACAAA